CGAUCUGUGCUGCCAGUCCGUCCCAUAUGCAUGCAUCCACCUCCUUUCCAGCUCGAUGCCUGCCUUGAUGCAUUUCUUUAUUUGUUUCUAUAGGCUCAAGGUUCGCUUCUCCUUAAAUUACUUUGCUGUUCUGUGAGAAAUUACUUGCUGCCUGGAAGACCUCAAGCAAUCGCUUGGUACAAGGGAUCGAGCUAGCUAAUAAAGGUGAGAAGAAUUAGUCACUUCCAUUGCUGCGAGAAGAUCGUGCUAGACGGCAAGGAUGGCCGAAAUUAUAGUGGGCAACGUGGGGACGAUCGUCAGCGUCGCGCUCAAGAUCAAGGAAGCUGUCGAGACGGUUCAGCAGAACAAGAAGGAGUGCUGUGCCAUCGCGAAGUGCGAGGACCGAGUCAGCGCUCUCUUGAAGUGGCUAGAGGAUGGGACGAAGAUACCGAUGAACACGGCGAUGUGCGACGUGCUGGAGGAUCUGGCGGAGAGCCUCGAGGAGGCCCUCGGGCUCGUCACGGAGUGCCAGCAGAGGCACAUCAUCAGCCGUUUCUUUGGGGCGGGGGACAUGGCGAAGGAGCUGCGUCGGGUGCAGGAGGAUAUAAUGCAGAAAAUCAUGCAGGCGUCCUUAGCCAUCAACAUCCACGUGACCAUUAUUAUGACGACCCACGUCCAACAUGCUGGUGCUCCUCCUACGCUGCUGACCCCGGAUCAAGUGGUUACCGAUGGUAAGGAAGGCAGGCUUCAAGAUGUUGGUGAUCCUCCUCUGCGGCUGACCCCGGAGCAAGUGGUUACCAAUGGUAAGGAAGGCUGCAGGCUCCAAGACGCUGGUGCUCAUCCUCUGCCGUGGCCCCAAGAGCAAGUUGUUACCGAUAUUGAAUGUUUCACAGAAUUCAGUUUGUCUGAGUUGAAGGCCGCUACAGACGACUUUUCAGACGAAAACAUCAUUGGACGAGGUGCCUUUGCUAUUGUCUACAAGGGUGUGUUGCGCAAUGGACAAGUGGUUGCCAUCAAGAAAUUUUCUGACAUCCAUAAGGUUGAUUGGCGCAAGUUUCAUCGUGAAUUUUGUAUUGGUGUAAAGCUUCAGCACAAAAAUGUAGUUAACGUCCUGGGAUAUUGCAUGCAUGACAAACGGAUCAGUUUGAUGCAGUAUUUUAAAGUUGAUAAAUGGCGAAACUACUUUUUGGUCCUAGGAUACGUGCCAAACGGAAGCUUGCACAAUAUUACCGAAGGGACACAACGUAUCGAUUGGUCCUCCUGCUUCCGAAUUAUUGAGGGGAUAGCAGAGGGCGUAUGCUACCUACAUGAGAAACGCCUACAUGAGAAAUGCGUUGUCCAUAUGGAUUUGAAACCACAGAACAUCGUCUUGGAUUCGGAUAUGAAUCCUGUGAUCAUAGAUUUUGGAUUAUCUGUAUGGCUGGAUCAUGAUGAUGAGAUUUAUUUCGACGACAUAAUUGGCACACCGAGAUAUAUGGCUCCGGAAUUUAUUGGAGAAGGUAAGGUGUCGACAAAAUGCGAUGUGUUUGCUUUUGGCAUCACCCUCGUUCAGACCAUUAACAGCCUGUGCGCUACAUCUAAAACAAGUAAUGGCCGUGAACCAGAGGAAUGGGUUCGGAUGGUGCAGGAAGCUGGAGGAGUGAAGGGGUUACUUGAUCCCACACUGCAGGUUGACGAGACUCAGGUAAUGGAGAUUGAAAGGUGCAUCAAGGUAGCGCUGUUGUGCAUUCAAAUGGAUCCGACAGAUAGGCCCACCAUGGCAGAUGUUGUCGAGAUGCUGAAUGGUGAGAAAGAGAUUGAUGGAUUGAUGGCGAUGAUUCCUUUCUACAACUGCGAAGCUGCUCCUGCUUCCUCUUCUUCGUCAGGUGUAUCCAUUCCUGUGGUAAGCCUAGCAGAUUUCAUGCCUAAGAAGCUUAUUAAGAGACGGAAGCAGAGGACGUGUUUCGACAAAAACGGUGGUGAAAUAGUGAAGCGCAUGGGCAUUAAGACCUUCACGGAAGUGGAGUUAGCUAAGAUGACAAAGAGCUACAGCAACCGCAUCGGGAAAGGCAACUUUGGUGAGGUCUUCAAGGGAACCACCGAUGACAACCAGCAAGUCGCGGUUAAACGCCCCAUCCUAGAAGGUACUACUAACAAGCCACGGGAAGGAGGGGAGUUUAUUGACGAGAUCAUCUUCCAGUUCCGGAUCCGCCACGACAACCUUGUCCGCCUCAUCGGGUGCUGCCUGGAGACGGAGUUCCCCAGGCUGGUCUUUGAGUUCAUACCCAACGGAAGCCUCUACGAAGUGCUCCACGGCACCGGCAAGCCGCGCACGCUCUCUCUGCUGGAGCGACUUGACAUUGCCAUCGGCUCCGCAGAAGCUCUCGCAUACAUGCACUCGCGCGAUGGCCAUCAGCACAGCCGCAUCCAUGGGGAUGUCAAGUCCGGCAACAUCCUCCUCGACGACGACCUCAUGCCUAAGGUCUCCGACUUCGGGUCGUCCAAGCUCAUGUCGAUCGGCAGUUAUGCUAGGUCCGUGCUAGCGGAUAGGAACUACAUGGACCCAAUGUACUUCAAGACGGACCGCUUCACGGAGAAGAGCGACGUUUAUAGCUUCGGGGUGGUGCUCCUGGAGCUCAUCACAAGGAAGAAGGUCAUGUACGACGGGAACAAUAGCCUCCCCUUAAACUUCGUCAAGUCCUGCAAGAGCAAGGGCAAUGGAAGGACGAUGUACGACCUAGAGAUCUUGUCUGAUGACGAUGCUCAAUAUCAAGUUUACAUGGAGUGCCUUGACAGGAUUGGUGCUCUCGCGGUCCGAUGCCUCAAGGAAGACGUGGAUGAGAGACCGACCAUGACAGAGGUGGUGGAGGAGCUUAAGCAAGCCAAGUUAAUAGUCUUCGGAGGCACGUACACAUGAAGCAAGCAAACAUGCAUGCAUUAAUUUCAGCUUAAUCUAGCUAGCUUAAUCUUCAGCUUAAUUUAUCCAGUAUCCAUUGUUAUCAUUUGUCGAGUUGAUUGUAUGAAUCAUGCACAUUGUGUGUUAUUUUAAUUAUUUUCGUGUAUCCGUACGGUGAGUAUUUCUUUAUAUAAAGCUGCUUGUAAUAUUGUGCAGCUAGCGCCAGUUAACGAACGG